AGCCCUUGGCUCGGAAACCUGUCUGCUCGCGAUUUCGGCGCCAUGGUGAACAUCCCAAAGACAAGGAACACGUACUGCCGGAAGUGCCGGAAGCACACCGGACACAAGGUGUCGCAGUACAAGACGGGCAAGGCUUCCCUGAGCGCGCAGGGCAAGCGACGAUACGAUAAGAAGCAGGCCGGCUUUGGCGGACAGACCAAGCCCGUCUUCCACAAGAAGGCGAAGACGACCAAGAAGAUCGUGCUGAAGUUUGAGUGCACCAAGUGCAAGGCCAAGCGAAUGAAGCCCAUCAAGCGCACCAAGCACUUCGAGCUGGGUACUGACUCCAAGAAGGGCAAGAACGAGUACGGCAGCAAGUACCGAUGAGAUGUGGGUGUUUUCUUCG